AUGUUAGCAAUAUCCCCAAUAGGAUGGCCCUUUGAAGAGUCCAUAAGCCAUAACCAGAAUCCAAAUCACUUCUUCAAAGACGCUUCUGAUCAAUUAUUUCACUUUCAUCAUACAGAAAAUACUUCAACUGAUCCAUCACAGGCUACAAGUAGCGACCUUAGCAUGGUGAAGAAGCUUGUUCAUAACGCUAGCGAACGCGAUCGCUGCAAGAAGAUCAAUAACUUGUAUUCAUCACUUCGUUCACUUCUUCCUUUAUCAGAUCAAAUGAAGAAGUUGAGUAUUCCAUUAACGAUUUCAAGAGUCUUGAAAUACAUACCGGAGUUACAGAAACAUGUGGAGGGACUGAUCAAGAGAAAAGAAGAGAUCUUGUUCAGACUUUCGCCGAAAGUUGAUCAUGAGGUAAAGAAUCAUAGUUACAACUCAGGUUCUGUGGUUUCAAGUUGUAGAGUCAAUGAUAGUGAAGUUAGUAUUCAGAUUUCAUGUUACAGUACUGUCCAGAAUGUUCCACUAUCUGAGAUCUUGCUCUAUUUAGAAAAUGAUGGGUUUCUGCUUCUAAAUGUUUCUUCCUCUGAGACAUUUGGAGGGAGAGUCUUCUAUAAUUUGCAUUGCCAGGUGGAUGAAAGAAAGAGAAUAGAAUCAGAUAUUCUAAAUGAGAAGCUCUUAUCAAUAAUGGAGAAGUAG